AUGACUGCACUGACUGAAUGACAUGCAUGCAUGGUUCGUUGAAAACAUUAUCGUUUCCCAGUGCAUCGCAUUGGUUUGCGGUGAAAGACAAGAGGUUUUGCUUCGUUUGAAGCAAGGAAAUCAUAGCGCGCUGUUCGGAAUUGUUCAUAACUAAAACUCUGCUCUCAGAGGCCAAGGCUGGUGUCCCCCACCGCCAUAGCAGCGCGCAAUGUCGCUGUUUGGCUGCUUUGGCCGCAAGAGCCGGCGAGACCGCGAGCAAGACGACGAUCCGCCGUUCGUGAAGACCGUGAUCCGGGAAAGCAAGCGUGUUAGGGACAAACAUGGCCACGACACUGCGGCGCUGCCACCGCCGAUGCCUGAGGAUCCCGAGGAGCUCAACCGUCUGUUUUCGGCGCUUAUGGAUGAUCUUGACUUUUCUGAGUCCCGAAAAGCGGACAUGAUGAAAAUGCCCAAUGACAAGAAAUGGCAGCUAUAUUGCUCGAGCCUGAAGAAGGACGAUGAUAAGCGUGCUGUGAAGAACCAGACCAACACGGCUGAUAGCUAUGUAGAGCAGCUAAGAGUGCUGAAAAAUCUGCCGUUUGACCAUGACGUGGCAGAGCUAUCGAACCGUGCCAAGGUCCUGGACCACAUCAAGACAGCACUGCGAACUCAGUCUAACACGUUUGUGGUUCGUUUCAUUGAGCUGGAUGGUCUGGACACUAUCCUGGCGUUCCUGAACGAGAUGGAGUAUGACUGCAGGCAAAGCGUGAUCCACACCUCAAUCAUUGGCUGUAUCAAGUCUGUGAUGAACAACACUCAUGGAAGAGCUCACGUCCUGGGACAUCCACACGGCAUCAACAUCAUUGCUCAGAGCAUGCGGGGUGACAACAGCAAAGCAAAGGUUGCCGCUCUGGAAAUUCUCGGUGCACUGUGCUUGGUUCCAAAUGGACACAGGAAAGUUCUUCGUGCGAUGAGUCACUUUGAACACUUUGCAGGAGAGCGAACUCGCUUCCAGACCAUCAUCGUGGACCUAGACCGUGCAUGCGCAGCGGGAGUUGAGGGAGUUCCCCUGCAGACCGGCAUCAUGUCGUUGUUCAACGCGUUGAUGUUCUCUGGGCCUGGAGAGGAGAGUCUGGAGUUUCGUAUUCACUUGCGCUAUGAGCUGCUGAUGCUCGGACUGGGGCAGAUCAUCGACAAGCUGCAUCGACAAGGAAAUCAGCUUGUGGCAAAGCAUUUGGACUUCUUCAUCCUCCAGCGGCGCAAUGAUGAGGAAGCCUUUGCACAUCGAUUCGGAGUGGCUCACGUGGACGUGAGAAACCCAUCGUUCAUGCUGAAGACACUGGAGAAGAAACUGUCGGCCGGCAUUGCUUACCAACAUUUCCUCUCCUUGCUCCAACACAUUCUUAUGAUAUCAGGGGAACAUGAGCAACACAUGUGGAAGCUUCUGGACAAGCUCAUCCAGCAGGUUGUCCUGCAGGAUAGGGACAAGGAUGACCAGCCAAUGGAUCAUGACCUACAUCCACUUGUCAUCGAUGUACACCAGAUAGUCACACAAAUGGCUAGGGAGGACGAGCUGGUGGAGCUGAGAACUUCAAACACUGAAAACACAAGAGCACUGGAGGACACCAAAGCCAAGUUGAGUAAGAAGGAGCGGGAAUGUGAAGUUCGCACAACAGAGAAGGAUGACAUCAAAGCAGCCCUGAACAAGGUGAUGCAAAAGCUGGAGAAGGAGAACUCGGCGCUGAAGGAGUCCAAGCAGCGCGAGAAAGACUUGACCACACAGCUGGAGGAGACGAGAGCACAGCUGGAGAAGGAAUUGGCAGAGCGACAGCAUAUCAUGGACAAGCUACGUCAGACGGCCGAAUCGGGCGAUUCCAGAGAAGCGGCCGAGAAGAUGCUAGCAGAGCUUAAAGGCGACGGUAGUGUUACAUCAUCGGCACCUGCCACACCGGGCGGUCCUCCUGCGCCUGCACCACCUCCACCACCGCCGCCACCGCCACCUCCUCCAGGUGGUGCAGGGCCACCACCUCCUCCACCUCCACCGCCUGGUGGCAUGCCUGGUGGACCACCUCCUCCACCUCCACCGCCUGGUGGAAUGCCUGGUGGACCGCCACCACCUCCUGGUGCGCCCGGUGCACCACCUGCACCAGGAUUUGGCAUGCCUCCACAGAAAAAGAUACCCAAACCGAAGGGAGCUCUCAAGUCCUAUAACUGGUCCAAGCUGAACUACAACGAACUGGAUGGCACCGUGUGGAAAGAUCUUGAUGAAACGCGGCAUUUCGACUCCCUCAAUUUGGAAGAGCUGCAGUCCACCUUUUCUGUCAAGCAAAUGGUGGUCGAUGUCAAGGAACAGCAAAAUGAAAACAAGGCGAAGGAAGCCGUCACUCUGCUGGAGCCAAACCGAGCAAGGAAUUGCAAUAUCCUGCUGAGCCGAAUCAAAAUGAACAACGAAGAAAUCCGUCUUGCGAUUCUGCAAAUGGAUGAAGACCUUGACCAAGAUGUCUUGGAGCAGCUCGUCAAGUUCCUGCCACAACCGGAUGAGAUAGAACUGAUUGAGGCCAAUGUGGAUGACAUUGCACGCUUUGCGCAUGCCGAGCGCUUUUUCUAUGAGAUCUCUCGCAUUGACCAUUUUGAUCAGCGCCUAAAUGCUCUGCUCUUCCAACGCAAGUUCCCGGAGCGCGUCUCUGAAGUUCGGCCGCGCCUUCAAGCAUUCACUCAAGCAUGCCAGGAGAUCCAGACGAGUCCCAAGCUGAAAACCGUUCUGGAGUUGGUCCUGGCGCUGGGAAACUACAUGAACAGAGGCAACCGAAGCAAUGCCUUUGGGUUCGAGAUCUCUAGCUUGACCAAGAUUAGCGAUACGAAGGCAAGCAAUGGCAGCAGACAGACACUCUUCCACUUCCUGCUGUCCCAGUGUGCGGAGAAGUUCCCGGAUCUUCUGCGACUGGAGGUCGAGAUUGGCAAUGUGAUGGAGGCACGGAAGAUUGUGAUGAGUGAUGUGGAGAGAGACGUAAUUACGCUUAGCAAGGGGCUGAAAGAAAUUGAAAAGGCAAUUGCUAUCCAGAAAAACCAAGCCGAGCGCGCCAUUGGGGAUCGUUUCAUCGAUGUGGCAGAAGAGUUUGCGUCCAUAGCAAAGGUGCAGGUUGAUGAGCUCUUGGAUAUGGUGGCUGACAUGAAGAAGGAGUACUCGGCUGCGCUGGCUUGCUUCGGUGAGAGCAGCAAAACACCGAGCGACGAGUUCUUUGGUCACUUCAGCUCUUUCCUGCAUUCGUUUAAUGAUGCACAUCAAGAAAACCUGGAUGCUAUCAAGAAGAAGCAAGACGAAGAAAGGCGGCAACGUUUGCAAGAUGAGGCCAAGAAGAAGGAGCAGGAACGCAAGGAGGUGCGCAAAGCCCGGCAGGCGGCAAAGGCGGCCGGUGAGUUUGAUGACCUGGUGUCUGCGCUACGCAGUGGCGACCUGUACGAUACCGACCGGACCAAUCGUGUGCGCUCCAAUAGCAGCCGCGGCCAAGGCCACGCAGGCCCUGCUGCCGGUCGCAGCGGCAGAUCAAGAACGGUGGCGAGCAACGACUCACGUGAACGAGAGCGUGGCUCCGUGUUCUCUUCCAUGGAUCAUGGUCCAGCUACGGAUUUGUGAAUUCCGCCACCAAACAGGGUGUUUGCACGGCACACCAUUGCCAUAUUAUUGCCAUCACUCUCUCCGCCGUAUCUCUCUUCUGUUUGAAGCAUAGCAUGCUUCCUUUUACACUGAGGACGCCCAUCCCAGACACUGAGAGUCUUCAGUGUGGCAGAGAGUGAGCAGGGUUUGGUGCACGGCCUUCUCACCCAACACGGCCAACUACGGGCAGAUAGCCGUGAGAACUACCUAGAGGUCACGGUGUGAUACCGGCACGGCAAGCUACACGCAGACCAGCGUAGCAUUCUCAACCCGCAGCCGAGCUGCCACUUCCGUGUCUGCUUUCCCAACCGGAGCCAUAGAUUCCUACCUACGAGACCUAGACAUGAAAGAUCUUGCAUAUCUGCAACCUACUCAAGCUCCAUGACAUCUUCCAAUCUAUACGUGCUAAAACUCUAGAGCCUAAUCCAAUUCUUGACGAUUUUUAUAGCGUUCCCUAUGCAUGCAGGACCAUGUUUCUCAUUUCAAUUUUCUAACUACAUUAUUUUGGAGGACAAAUUCUAUUUUCAAUGAUACCAUGAAGCUGCUUUAAACGCAUAACUGUGCUACAUGUUUCCUAGGUCACGCUGAAUAUUGCUGUUGAUUAAACUGUUUUCCAGUUUUUUAUCUCUUUACAAUUAUUAUUUUACCCUUUUCUUGUUCGUGUCACGAUCACUACCAUGUUGGCGUGUCAACCAUUUUUUAACCUACGACUUCAGACGUUCCUUUGCAUUGCAAACAACUAUUACCAAUAA